CUUGCUUGUCAGCCCUGUCCCGCACCAAGCAAAGGCAAUCUCGUCUCCUGCCGGGUGCCUGCCCUUCGAUCGCCUCCGGCCUCCCCGUCCCCCCGCUCCCCGCCUGUCCUCCCUCUGAUCGAAAUGAAGUCGCUCUCGACCAUUCUGGUCCUUCUGCUCAGCGCGGUCUGUCUGGCUCUGGCCAAGUCGAGCCAGGGAUCGAGGGCCCUGGUUCUCUUGAACGAUCUGGCCGAGGCGCCUGCCUAUUCCCAGUUCCUCAAAUCACUCCAAGAUCGAGGCUUUACCCUCACCGUCAAGGCCGGCGCCGAUAAGGACGUUCGCCUGGUUUCGCAUGAAGAGCGAGUCGUCGAUCACGUCGUCAUCCUGUCUCCCAAAAUCUCAACCUACGGCGGAGACAUCACGGUUGGAUCGCUCAUCGACUUUGUCAGCCGUGGCGGAAACAUCCUCGCCGUCAGCUCUGCGGCCCAGUCCGAGUUCCUGCGAGACUUUGGCAUUGAGUUCUCGGUCGACUACGACGACUCGCAGACCCGUGUCAUCGACCACUUCAAUUUCGCCAACCAAGAUGCUCAGCACACACUCGUGGCCGCCAGCCGUCUGGUCUCCUCCGCCGCCAUCGUGCCCUCGCUCAGCGCUCCUGUUCUUUUCCGUGGCGUCGGCCAUCGUCUCAACGGAAAGAACCCUCUGAUCGUCCCCGUCCUGACCGGAUACCCUGGCCAGACGUACUCGUGGGACCUCAACGCCAACUCGGAGCUGGACCCAAAGACUGUCGUCGCCGGCGAGGAGGUUGUUCUUGCAAGCGCCCUGCAGGCUCGCGACAACGCCCGUGUCGUCUUUGUUGGCAGCAGCGACCUGUUCACGGAUGAGCUGAUUUCGUCGCCUGUUCAGGUCGGCGACAAGACCUACGCCAAGUCGGGCAACCUUGAGUUUAUCACCGAGCUUUCCAAGUGGGCUUUCGCUGAGAAGAGCGUCCUUCGCAUCAAAAAGUCCAAGCAUCACCGCGAAGGCGAGACGGAGCAGCACGGCAUUUACCGCAUCAAGGAUCAGAUGAUCUACCGUGUCGAUAUCUCAGAGUACCGUGAUGAUGUCUGGCAGCCCUUCCACGCUUCGGAUGUCCAAUUCGAGGCCCUGAUGCUCGACCCCUAUGUCCGCGUCAACAUGAAGGAGACUGCGGUCUCGCACGAUCCCACCGUCUCCCGCUUCACGGCCUCCUUCAAGCUCCCCGAUCAGUACGGUGUCUUCACCUUCAAGGUGGACUACCGACGACACGGCUACUCGUGGAUCACGGCUUCGGAUGUGGUCGAGAUUCGUCCCUACCGCCACAACCAAUACCCUCGUUUCCUGAGCGCCGCCCUGCCUUACUACGUCAACGCCUUCAGCAUGAUCCUGGCCUUCUUUUUGUUUGCCGUGGUGUUCCUUUACAACCGCGAGCCUGCUGGCAAGGCCAAGCAGCCCGGUUCCGCCAAGGCCAAGGCCAACUGAGCCGGCCUUUACACCGUUGUUCGCACCGGUGUCUCCAAUAAACACAGAGGCCUCAAUAGGACAGAACAGCACGGCGCAGUAC